UGAUGAAACUGUUCUGGAAGUUCCGCUUGGAGGAAAGGUAAAACCAAAAGCAAAACAGUACUAUUGCAAAGACAGACGUGAUUUCCUUGUCCUUAUUUUGAGAGAGAGCAAUACACACGGCACGAGGUCAAGGUGAAGACUUCAGAUGAAAAAAUUCGUCUCUCUCGAGUAAAUGACAAUAUGUGAAUCUGAAUGGUCUUCUAUGAGUGAUUUUUAGGAGCAGACUCAAUCAGCCGCCAAUGGAAAUCUUACUUGAAUGAUUAAGACGCACUCGAAGACAAAUCUUCCAUCUUACAACUUCUGCUCGACCAUCAUGCUCAUGCUUCCUCAACAUCUCUCUCAAAAAUUGUAGGUAGCUUGAAGGAGAGGACAGUCUUGUUUUAGUUACGACAAAAUUGGUAUAACAAACUGACAAAAAGAACUACCAGACCAAACGCUGCAGCUAAGGCACUGAGAAAGCUCUGCAUCCAGAAGCAUUGGCUGCUCUACAACAGCACGGCAAGAAGCACCUCUGCCUCCACGACUGCUGAGUCGCGACGCAGGAGCAGUAUAGAACUAUAGCAAACAGCAGAAGUACUGAGAAGUAUAGAACUAUAGCAACAGCAAUCACGACCAGAAGAGCUAUAGAGUCAGAGGAGUGUCGAACCCGCAGAAGUACUCCGCUUAUUCAACAUCCAGUGAUAUCCCCCUCCUCUUCGAAGAUCGUCGUCCGCUAGGCAGCAGGACUCUCGCAGCAUCUAGCAGUUGUACACAAAGUAGAACACUGGUCUAAGGAGUUGCGUGAGGACUACGGUCAAAUACCGAAGAAGAACAUACAUCAACUCAAGUCUUGAGUAAGGAAGUCUAGUACUUCUCACGUCAAGAUGGAGGUGCUCUUCUACGUGAUCGCAAAUGGCUGCUUCUUGCUGGCAGGAAUCAUGCUGCUCUUCGAGAAGCAUAGAAUGGCGGAGAAAAGCGACCAAUGGAGCAAACCACAGGAAGUCAUGGUUGCAAGAGAUACACAGGUACAAUGAACUUCUAUAUGUCUUUUUGUUCCUUCUAUUCAAUCGAAGGAUUACUUCAGCAAGAAUAGAGCGAUUACUUACUAUUGUCUCAACAGUGAGUUUUACAAUCAGAAUCUUCGCAUGCACACUCAGUAUCAAAUAUAUCAUCCUCAGGCUCCAAGUCCGACACUAAUCAAACUCUCUACCACACAAUCACCUUCACCAGAUAAUGUUUUUUAUCGGAACCCUCUUGCGAUUUUAUUGGAGUGCUAGUCCGCCAGCAGUCUGGUCGAACGAGUCUGACCUGGUCAAGAUUCUCUGCAAAUUAGACAUCACCAUGUCGCCGAUCGUACUCAUUCUACUUAUAUAUAGUGACUCUGUUGUUGUUGUUUGGGUGGUGUGUUUGAAUAGAAAUACUUCUUGGCUGACGCGGCUGAGGUUAGACAAAACUAUCACUUGUGUCUACCGAAUCUAUCUGAGUAAAAAUCUCCUCAAACCUCAUGAUUAGUAGCGUAGUCUCUCGUCUCAAGCCAUAUUACAUUUUAAUCUCCUCCCCCUCGCAGGUUUGGGGAGCGGUGUGCUGGCAUGUGGCUCGCAAUCAGGUGAAGUACACACAAUCCUUGAGAAUAGGCCUUGGCAGUGGACAGAGUAUUCCUUUGAACUGGGCGGCCCUCACUGUGAUCACAUACUUUAUGGCUACAACAUGAGUAUGAAGAAAAGUGAAGAACAGAAGAGACUGUUCCUUUUCCCCUUACUUAAUUAAAAUUGUAUAGGUUCUUAAAAAAGGCCUCGAUCCUCUGCCUAGAUGGAGAAAGCAGCACCAUCCAUUAUACUUGAUAUCGAGCAUGUUGAAGAUCAUGUAUGUUGAAGAGAGGAUAAAUUGAGGUGUCUAAUUAUUUUUUCUCGAUGGUGUUGCACUACCUGAAUCCCCCAGUGAAGAGCUGGACCGGCGAUAUCCACAACGAGCCUUGGCCAAUGGCGGACGUUUCAGUUGUGUGGAACAUGACCCUCGACUGCGUUGCUAUGGUGUUACCAUAUUCUUGAUUUUCAACAUCUAAGAUCAACAGCACCAUCUACCAACUCACCUAGUUUUUGAACCAACCCUUGUGGUUCCUUUCACAAGCCUUACGAGGUACUACUUACAGCAUUGGAUGGCCUCACAAGUAGACAACAAUAGCUACAUUAGAGGCGCCAUGACAUGACAUUCAACACUCAAACCCAUCCUCACUCUUCUCAGUUUCCGCAGUUGUACGUGAUCUAUAAGACGGACGAGCCAGUAUCAGACGGAGCCGCGAACUUUGUCGGAACUCUAUGCGUCUCUCGAGUUUUACGCAUGUUCGCUUGGGGCCACAUCAUCUACACUGCCUGUAUUUUCUUGCUGAUAUAAGUACCUAGAAGAUAUAAUCAGUGCUCUUCUUGGUUACGAUGUACCUUACUGCCUGUUUUAUGCCUGUGGGCCAAAUUCUGCGUUGCAGCAAUCAACGUCCUGAUCCUCUAUUCACUCGCACGAUGACUAAGACUGUAAUCGUCUCGAUCGGGAUCUCGCAACCUCUUGCUAGGCACAUUCAUUCACUCAUUCAUUCAUUCAUUCACUCACUUCAUCAAACUAUGAGUCUCAACAACUCUGUACUAACAUCUUCAGGGGUCCGCGCUGUGGAGGUUCCGGCAUUCUUGUGGUGCUACGUCUUGCCAGAUACAUUACACACGGUUUUGAUGGGCAACUACCUGGUUCUCUUUCUCCAGAAGUUGAAGAACACCGUUGUUGCAUGGGGUAACGCUGCUGAAGAAAUUGUCUAAUUGAUGUCUACAAGAUCAAGAGUUCUGCAUUAUCAUAUUAAAGGAAAUCUAUGUAUGAUUCAGGGCUCAGGGCUACGGUACCCCCCAGCGCAGGAGGGGGUGCCGUUCAUUCCUAAAACAUGUAUAUCUAUAAAUAUUGCAGCACUACGUCUAACAGUUAGACUCUAACUGUUGUGUGCGCAAUAGUCUAGAGAAAUGAAUCAAUCAGAAAAAUCUAAAGUGAUAAUAUUAGCUAUUCUCUACUUCUAUUCUCAAGGUUGUUGAAAACAGUUCUCUUGCCUCAAUAUUCUGACGGAAAAGGAGCUCUCCCAGCUGUGCUCGGAUAGUGUGAAUGUAGGUAAGUGGGUGGUAUAGCCAUUCUAGCGUAGUAGAACUAGAGGAAAUACUGAUAUUAUCAUGGAAAAAAAAAUAUCAGAUAUUAAGUGUACAGGGCUACCGCGCUUCGCCAAUUGAUUGAUUGAACGCCUGAACCACUAAGCAAACUGGCGUUGACCUGUACACGUAUUAAAUACAAAAAAAUGAAUAAUGACGAUUAUCUUCAACAGCAGCAAAUUCCCCGUGCAGAAGUUUCUGCUCCGAGGUACAGGUAGUUUAGCACUAGAACCAGCCAUCUAGCGGUGAAAUUAAAUCGCACGCACAUGACAACUUCUUUUUUUCGUUGUAGUGUUGCCCAAAUUAAAUAAGCCAGGUUGUAUGGGGUAGAGCAUGCAGAUUUCUCCAGUUGAGCCUAGCAAGGUGCUGUCCUUCUCUCUUGAUAACGUCACCUUAUGUGAUGAUCAAUACUCCUUUACCAUCGAAAAGCUACCAAGAACCACCUUCAUGUAUUAUGUACUAUUUACAAUUAGCGACUAGUUUUUUUGGUUAUCAGAACCCUUUUUAAUCAGUAGACAGUACUACAACUCUUCUUGAAUAAAUUUGAAUAGUGAGGAACAAUUCGUGAAAAGGUGACACUUUUGCAUAUGAAUUUUUACUACUUGUGAAGCAUUAAUAAAAUAGGUAGCUUUGAUGUACAGAGAAUUGUUCCUCGAAGCAAGCCGUAAUGUUGUGAUGAUAAUUAGCGACAAUGACUAUGACAAGAACGAUAAAUCCACAAUCACAAGAUCCAAGCUUCAACACGAAUCUUAGUUUUCAGUUGUUAGCAUGAAUAACAAACAACUUACUUACCUGUUUCCGUUUCAGUCUUCCUAUUUCCGAUUAUUUCUAUUCCAGGAGAUUCCUAUUUCCGACGCUGCAAUCAAUGUCUUAUAUUUUUUGAUAAGGUCGUCCUAGUACCUUUGGGGUUGUGGUGUUAUCUCCAAGAGAUCCUAGUAUAAAAAAAAAACCACAACACACCACCAGCAUCAUGAUGGCGAGGUUACCGUCAUUGCCAGUCAGUCAAUUAACUACCAGUCAAUUUUUUGUUUUCUUCACUAUUGUAAUCAAUGUAUGUUUGUGAAACUCAAAGCCGGUCGUAUUAAAAGAAUUAGAAACUCAACAUAAAAUAUAAAUAUGUACUUUCUUACCAUGAAUAGUGUACACACCAUCCACCAUGUUCCCUGCUAGAACAAUCAUGGGUAACUGAUAAGACACCCGCCAAAGACCCAGGAUCUUCACGAUCGUGAGCAUGUAUUUGUAUUUCAUGGUCCGACCAUGAAUACAGACUUACUGCCAGCAGGCUUCUUGCACCUACCCACAAAUGACUACGAAGACUGGUUGCAGAUACUAAAAAUAAAUAACUACGAAGAACCGCUCGACGAGCCUCUUCCAUGCAUCAUUCGAAGAACUGCUCAGCCCUGGGUCUGGCAGAGGCGCGCGCUUGCGCGUAGACGGGAGCCUGCUGAGGGCUGCUGCCGCCACUCAAGCUGGUGCGUCGAACAAACUCGAAAAACUUUCAAAAAUCAGGGCAAUGUGUUUCUGCAUUGACAUCCAGAUACGGG